UUUUUUUUUUUUCUUUUUUAAAGGCCCCCGCUUCAGCUGGGUUCACCUGGAAUGGUUAUGUAACACAAAAAGCAGGAGCUGAAAGCUAUCUGGACUCAAAGCAUGGCUUGGUUCGGUGUAAAUAUCAGUAACAUCACUUUGGAGAACGCUUUCUCCGAGGAUGAGCCGCGAGAUGAGCGCUUGGCUCAGGUGGAAAUAGCCCUCCUGUCCAUCAUCUUCACCAUCGCAGGAGUCUUAAACUUCGGAGUGUUGUUGCUGCUGUGGAAGCGGAGGAAGCAGCUCUCCAGGAUGCGCGUCUUCGUUUUCCACCUGUGCGUUGCCGAUCUGGUGGUCACAUUCUUCCAAGUUUGUCCCCAACUCAUGUGGGACAUCACUGACAGAUUCGUCGGUCCAGAUGUAUUGUGUCGCGUAGUGAAGUACCUGCAAGUGGUCGGGAUGUUUGCCUCCACCUACAUGAUAGUAGUGAUGACGAUAGACCGAUAUCAAGCCAUCUGCAACCCCAUGGUGACUUUCCAGAGGCGCAGAGCGCGCUGGAACGGUCCGGUGUGCGCCGCCUGGUGCGUCUCUUUCAUCGGCAGCCUCCCGCAGAUCUUCAUCUUCUCUCGGGUCGAGGUCGCUCCAGGAGUGUUCGACUGCUGGGCGCAGUUCAUCAAGCCUUGGGGACUGAAAGCCUACGUGACCUGGACGACUCUGGUCAUAUUCGUACUGCCCAUUGUCACGGUGAUCGCGUGCCAGGUGCGCAUCUGUCGCACCGUGCACUUUAACUUUCACAUGAAGACGCAGCACGUCGGAGAGGUGGUCAGUAAGCCGCUGUCAUCCAGGGCCAGCAGCGUGGCAGGGGUAUCCAAGGCACGGGUGAAGACGGUGAAGAUGACCGUGGUCAUCGUGCUCGCCUACAUCAUCUGCUGGACGCCUUUCUUCACCGUGCAGCUCUGGUCCGUCUGGGAUGUCGAGGCGCCCACUCAAACUGCAACCUUCACCAUCUUGAUGCUGCUGGCCAGUCUGAACAGCUGUGCCAACCCCUGCAUUUACCUGCUGUUUAGCGGGAAGCUGCCCAAGAGACUGGCGGCGCUGACAUGUGUUGAUCAGCCCGAGAUAAAGGAGUCCAUCCAGGAGGAGGCCACCAUGGUCAGCUCCCUGUACAUCAGCCUUAAGAGCCUGUCAGACUGCAGAUGAAAGUGCAGACGCCUCAGACACUUUUUCUCACCUCAUCCUGUUAAACAUGUUGCAGAGAUAUGGCUGUCCCAUGAGACACUUACUGAAAUCCACAAAUGAGUGUGAAGACAAAAGCUUAAAGCUGUAAACAGUAUGCUAUAUUUUACUGAGUCCAUAUUGUAGAAAUGAACAAUGGAUUAAAUGCGUUCAUGUGGGAGAUCCACCAUGUUUUGAUACAGUGAAACAAGUAUGAUACAGUUGCUGUGAAGUCACUAUUACACAUUUUUUUUGCAUGAUUUCUUUUAGCCAUGAUGUGGUUAUAGUGAUGGAAGUCUGCUGGUCAGCUGGUCCACCAUUUUGGCCCUGGGUGAAAUAUCUAACAACUACUGGAUGAGAUGUUAUUCGUGGUACCCAGAAGAUGAAUCCUACCUAUUUUGUUGAUUUCCUGACUUUUCCUCUAGUUCUAUCAGCAGGUCAAAGUUGUUACAUAUCCAGUGAAAUAUCACUCAAUGGACUGGCACAAAAUUUUGUACAUUCAUGGUACCCAGAGGAUGUGUCCUGUUUACUUUGGUCAUCUCCUGAGUUUUCCUCAAUUGGGAAAAUGAGACUUUUCACUCAAACCCACAUGUCAGGGUAAAAUGUCUUGACAACUAUUAGAUGGAUUGCCCCGACCUAUCAUGCCCUUCUGUUUUCCUUCCGACACUCACCCAAAUAAAAAGCAAAUACUCUCCGGACUGACCAACCUCAUAUCUACAUUGCAUCUGCUUGGACUGUAAUGGUGGCAUUAAAUGUGUCUUUAUUGUUGACAAAUUAAACUAAUGAUAUUUGGGAGCCACUGAACAAUAUGGUUGUCCUCUAUACCUCAAGAUCAUGGUCCUCAGUCACAUGUACAUGGAAUAAAAAAGUCUGUUUUGUCAGAAAGACAGACAAAAAAAUAUAAAUGAUUAAGAAUCAUAAAGCAUUUACAUUUAAAGGACCAGUGUGUAGGAUUUAGUGACAUCUAGUAGAGAAACUGCAGAUUGCAACCAAUACAAACCCUUCGACUCACCCAAGCUUAAAGGAGAAACUAUGGUGCCCGCAAACACAUAAAAAGCCUUUCUAGAGACUGUGUUUAGUUUGUCCUUUCUGGGCUACUGUAGAAACAUAGCAGUCUAACAUGGUGGACACCGUGGAAAAGAUGUUAAAUGAAUAUUUUUCUGAGUGAUUUAAGUGUUUCACUUAAAUGUGAAUGUGGUGUUUAUAUGUAUCAUAUGUCCUUUGAAUGUGAAUCAUGAGUUUACUUUGCAUCUGUAUAUAAAAUCAUAUGCAUGAUCAUGA